AUGCAUUUUUCCACAUUACAUCUGAGUCUCUCUUUGAUUUCAGACUUCAAUAUUUCAACAUUUGUGGCUGGAAGCGCUAAUGGAAGAUAUGGUGAAGUCUCUAAUAUCACUACACCUGUCUGCUAUAAUGCUUUGAGGAACGAAGGCCUUCUUUCUAAUCAUCUUGGUUUUUACUCAUCAAUGGAUGACAUUUUUUCCCGUCUUUUGACCUUGAGUUCUAAUAUACGUGGCCGAUUCAUUUGUUUUAUUGAGCAACUUCUCUACAGAGACAUUAAUAGAUGCUCUGAAGAUUUGAGGGACAUAUCUUCUGGACAACAUUCAAGAUCUUCAAGUUGCAGCAAUUGUAGAUUUCUUUCCAAUGGUUGUUUGUCUUCUUCACGUCCUUGCAGUGCGGGUACAAGCGUUGGAAUCCUUGAAGAAAUAGCAUCAGAUCUCACUAAUAGGUUACUUGUAAAUUCAAGAUUUGAAAUUGUAGAAAGCAAUAUCACUAUUCGAGCCAUCCCCUUCAUUUUUCAAGGGUUGAUGCUCCCAUUUUUUGGUUUGAGACUUGCCUGGAGGCUAGCAUCAGCCUCUUGGAAAAUUUCUUUCUGCUAUGUUAGAUGCACUCAAGUUCAAGUUCGCAGUGUCAUCUCUCGAGUUAGGAAAACUUUGCACGGUUCUUCUGAUGAUAUUGGCUGGCUGCAACACACUCCCGGAAUGGCUCCUGUGGAGGAUGGUUCAGAUAGAUUCCUGGAACUACUAGAACGUGUAAGGAAUGGAGAGCACAAUCUGCCCAGUUCAUUUGUUUAUCUUCUGAUUCCUGGACUUUUUAGCAAUCAUGGUCCCUUAUACUUUGUGAGCACUAAGCGGUUUUUUUCAAAGAUGGGUCUAGCUUGCCAUAUUGCAAAAAUCCACAGUGAGGCAUCUGUGGAGCACAAUGCGUGGGAACUGAAGCAAUACGUCGAGGAGCUGUACUGGGGGUCUGGCAAACGCGUGAUGCUGCUAGGGCAUAGCAAGGGUGGAGUUGAUGCUGCUGCUGCAUUGUCAAUAUAUUGGGGUGAUUUAAAGGACAAAGUUGCUGGCUUGGCAUUAGUUCAGAGCCCAUAUGGUGGCACACCAUUAGCUUCGGAUAUUCUUCGUGAAGGUCAAAUUGCUGACAAAGAAACCCGGAGGAUCAUGGAGCUUUUAAUAUGCAAGCUAAUUAAGGGUGACAUACGGGCGUUGGAGGAUCUGACAUAUGAGAAGCGAAAGGAGUUCAUAUCAAAGCACAAGCUCCCUGACGACAUCCCUCUCAUUUCCUUCCACUCUGAAGCGAGCGUGGGGCCCGGAGUCCUUGCCACAAUGUCCCACAUAGCACAUGCCGAACUCCCAUGGCUUCCUCUUCCCAACUUUAGCGGUGGGGAGUCCAACGAAGCCCAAGCGGGUCGCACGGUCCCCGUUGUGAUUCCAGUUUCUGCCGUGAUGGCUGUGUGCGCACUCCACCUAAAACUAAGGUACGGGGAGAAGAGUGAUGGAUUGGUGACGAGUCGCGAUGCUGAAGUUCCAGGAUCGGUGGUAGUGAGACCAGACCGAAAGCUUGAUCAUGCUUGGAUGGUUUACUCUUCAUGGAGGAAGGAUCCAAAUGAGGUUGAUUGUUGUGAAAUGUGUGAGGCUUUGCUUAGUCUGCUUGUGGAGAUUGGCAAGGCAAAAGCAGGAAAGGGUGAUUGUAGUAGUGGUUUCUAACUAUUAAGUAACUCCAUUGAGAGAGCUUUGUGUUGAAGCUUUACAUGCUUAUAUUUUGAUCUGUUUUGCCAACAAUUUUACCUCAUGAAAUGAAUCAGCAACAAAAAAUAUUGCUUGGUGUUUUGCAAAUUUUGCUAUGCACCUUUUGCAAA